AUGGUGAGAUCCACCAACAUAGCACCUCCUGCUGAUAAAAUUAAACUGGGAAAAGAGAGAGACACGGAACAGUUUGUGAAUAACCCAUUUAUCUUUUGUUUUCUCUCUGUCCCUCUCGAUAGCUAUGACAGGGGUUCCACAUUCAAUGUGUUUGUGGGAAAAGGACAGCUUAUUGCAGGGAUGGACAAAGCUCUGGUUGGAAUGUGUGUGAACGAAAGACGUUUUGUGAAAAUUCCACCCAAGCUUGGCUAUGGGAGUGAAGGAGUUUCUGGCGUAAUCCCCCCAAAUUCAGUGCUUCAUUUUGAUGUACUUCUGAUAGAUCUCUGGAAUUCUGAAGAUGAGGUUCAGAUUCAAACUUAUUUCAAGCCUGAAAAAUGUCCUCGGACAAUCCAGGUAUCUGACUUUGUAAGAUACCAUUACAAUGGAACUUUCUUGGAUGGGACUCUGUUUGACUCAAGCCAUAAUCGGAUGAGAACUUAUGACACAUAUGUGGGAAUUGGAUGGCUGAUUCCUGGUAUGGACAAGGGUCUCCUGGGAAUGUGUGUAGGAGAAAAGCGCAUCAUUACAGUACCUCCUUUCUUAGCAUAUGGAGAAGAAGGAGAUGGUAAAGAGAUUCCUGGCCAGGCUUCUCUGGUUUUUGAUGUGGCUCUGCUAGAUCUUCAUAACCCAAAAGAUGGCAUCACUAUAGAGAACCAACAAGUGCCUAAAUCCUGUGAGCGAAAAAGCCAGAUAGGAGACUUUCUCAGAUAUCACUAUAAUGGCACACUUCUGGAUGGCACAUUAUUUGAUUCCAGCUAUUCCCGGAACCAUACAUAUGACACCUACAUUGGGAAAGGUUAUGUGAUUGCAGGGAUGGAUGAAGGUUUGCUUGGAGUAUGCAUUGGGGAAAAGAGGAGAAUAAUAAUUCCACCUCAUCUUGGAUAUGGAGAAGAAGGAAGAGGAAAGAUUCCAGGAUCUGCAGUACUGGUUUUUGACAUCCAUGUGAUUGACUUCCAUAACCCUUUGGACUCUGUGAACAUUACUACUCAUUACAAACCUUCCAACUGCACAGUAUUGAGUAAGAAAGGGGAUUACUUGAAGUACCACUACAACGCCUCACUCUUGGAUGGCACAUUGUUAGACUCCACGGUUAGUCUUGGUAAAACAUAUAAUAUAGUUUUGGGACUUGGACAGGUUGUUUUGGGGAUGGACAUGGGUCUUAGAGAUAUGUGUGUUGGAGAGAGGCGUACAGUUGUUAUUCCACCACAUCUUGGUUAUGGAGAAGCUGGUGUUGAAGGAGAAGUUCCUGGUAGCGCCGUAUUAGUUUUUGACAUUGAACUGCUUGAACUAGUGUCUGGCUUACCUGAUGGCUACAUGUUUGUCUGGCAUGGUGAUGUCUCUCCAAAUCUCUUUGAAGAAAUCGACAAAGAUAAUAAUGGAGAAGUGUUUCUGGAGGAGUUUUCAGAAUAUAUUCAAGCUCAGGUUGAUUCUGGCAAAGGAAAACUAGCUCCUGGUUUUGACUCUGAAAAGAUUGUUAAAAAUAUGUUCACAAAUCAGGACCGAAAUGGAGAUGGCAAGAUCACAGCUGAAGAAUUCAAACUGAAAGACCAAGAGACCACAGAAGGGCAUGAUGAACUGUAAAACAAACAAAAAAGGAACAACAGUGAGCUGACGUGUCACUGUGUGUUGGAAGAUGUUUGAAGUUCUGUGUGUAUAUUUGAAGGGAUGUUUGUACACAACUCUUCAUGUGUGAUGGUGGUAUACAGGAAGUGGAUUAUUGUAUAAGAAAAGGUUUUCAGCUGAAAUGGGUGAUUAUAUUUUCAAAAAGGCAAUAAGGGAGCUCAGUGUAGGUUUUAUAAAGUGAUUUAGUAUAUACCAAACAUCGUUGUGAAAACAAUCUGGUUAAUUUUUAUGCUUAGAAUCACAAUUUUAUUAUUGAAUGAUAUACUUCACUUGGUUGGAUGGAAAGUAGAAACUAUACAAUUCUUUUUUUGAAGAACUAAAAUCCCCUCUUUUUGUAUUUAAAAUUUUACAGGUAUGUAAACGAACAGAAAAAUAUGCCCCACUAGCAUACCUGCAAAAUAACAAAAUUGCUGCAUUAACAGGUUAGAGAGCUACUGGUAGUACCGUUAGAAAAAUAAGUAUACUUUUCAGUAACUGAACAAGUCCCUUUUAAGAAUCUCCAGUAGGAUCUAUGAUGUGUAGAUUACAAACAAGUAAAUGAUUAGACAUGCUAUUGGAAAAUUCUGGCAAGCUGUGAGUAAAAUGUCUCUCUUAAGUUGUGUCCACGUGUGAUGAUGGGUUUUACUGUAUAUGUGAUAGAGGUUUGCCAUGUUGCUAUAUCUAAUUUAACUAGAACAUUCUCAGAGGACUGUUAAAGCACUGUCUAAGGUAUAAAUACUAAAUUUGAUUUCUGUAUACUGUAUGUUAAAACUGGUACAGUCACAGAGUUGAUCUGUAAAUGUAGUAAGUUGUUUAAACUGACCAAUAAGAAAUAAAAUUAAGUACUGUAUUUUCUGGAAAAUUACAUGAACUUCCUUCAACGCACAGAAGUAUAUCUCUAGUCACAGAAGAGUACAGAGAGAGGUAGUGUACGUUUCUCUUCACAGCAUAUAAUGGAGAUACAUGCUUUCUUUGAUCUGCAUACAUGAAUGGUACUAGUUUUAAACACUCUGGCAAACUCAUUUGGAACACUGAUAUUUUUAAUUAAAUGCAAUUUUUUUUCCCAUUUCAGAAAAUGCUAUGAACUUUUGUUGGAUUUGAUCAUUUUGGGUGGUUGGGUAAUUUUUCUUUUGUUUAUAUAAAGUAUUGAUCAACACAUACUGUACUUUUUCCUGCCAAGGAGUGGAGGGCUUAAUAUGUAUUGAUCAGAAUAAACACCUUACAUCAUA